AUGUCAGAUGGGGAGCAGUGUCUCUAUCCUGAGUAUUUAGAUGAGGAGAUGUCAGAUGGGGAGCAGUGUCUCUAUCCUGAGUAUUUAGAUGAGGAGAUGUCAGAUGGGGAGCAGUGUCUCUAUCCAGAGUAUUUAGAUGAGAUGUCAGAUGGGGAGCAGUGUCUCUAUCCAGAGUAUUUAGAUGAGGAGAUGUCAGAUGGGGAGCAGUGUCUCUAUCCAGAGUAUUUAGAUGAGGAGAUGUCAGAUGGGGAGCAGUGUCUCUAUCCAGAGUAUUUAGAUGAGGAGAUGUCAGAUGGGGAGCAGUGUCUCUAUCCAGAGUAUUUAGAUGAGAUGUCAGAUGGGGAGCAGUGUCUCUAUCCAGAGUAUUUAGAUGAGGAGAUGUCAGAUGGGGAGCAGUGUCUCUAUCCAGAGUAUUUAGAUGAGAUGUCAGAUGGGGAGCAGUGUCUCUAUCCAGAGUAUUUAGAUGAGGAGAUGUCAGAUGGGGAGCAGUGUCUCUAUCCAGAGUAUUUAGAUGAGGAGAUGUCAGAUGGGGAGCAGUGUCUCUAUCCAGAGUAUUUAGAUGAGAUGUCAGAUGGGGAGCAGUGUCUCUAUCCAGAGUAUUUAGAUGAGGAGAUGUCAGAUGGGGAGCAGUGUCUCUAUCCAGAGUAUUUAGAUGAGGAGAUGUCAGAUGGGGAGCAGUGUCUCUAUCCAGAGUAUUUAGAUGAGGAGAUGUCAGAUGGGGAGCAGUGUCUCUAUCCAGAGUAUUUAGAUGAGAUGUCAGAUGGGGAGCAGUGUCUCUAUCCAGAGUAUUUAGAUGAGGAGAUGUCAGAUGGGGAGCAGUGUCUCUAUCCAGAGUAUUUAGAUGAGGAGAUGUCAGAUGGGGAGCAGUGUCUCUAUCCAGAGUAUUUAGAUGAGGAGAUGUCAGAUGGGGAGCAGUGUCUCUAUCCUGAGUAUUUAGAUGAGGAGAUGUCAGAUGGGGAGCAGUGUCUCUAUCCAGAGUAUUUAGAUGAGAUGUCAGAUGGGGAGCAGUGUCUCUAUCCAGAGUAUUUAGAUGAGGAGAUGUCAGAUGGGGAGCAGUGUCUCUAUCCAGAGUAUUUAGAUGAGGAGAUGUCAGAUGGGGAGCAGUGUCUCUAUCCAGAGUAUUUAGAUGAGGAGAUGUCAGAUGGGGAGCAGUGUCUCUAUCCUGAGUAUUUAGAUGAGGAGAUGUCAGAUGGGGAGCAGUGUCUCUAUCCAGAGUAUUUAGAUGAGGAGAUGUCAGAUGGGGAGCAGUGUCUCUAUCCAGAGUAUUUAGAUGAGGAGAUGUCAGAUGGGGAGCAGUGUCUCUAUCCAGAGUAUUUAGAUGAGGAGAUGUCAGAUGGGGAGCAGUGUCUCUAUCCAGAGUAUUUAGAUGAGGAGAUGUCAGAUGGGGAGCAGUGUCUCUAUCCAGAGUAUUUAGAUGAGGAGAUGUCAGAUGGGGAGCAGUGUCUCUAUCCAGAGUAUUUAGAUGAGGAGAUGUCAGAUGGGGAGCAGUGUCUCUAUCCAGAGUAUUUAGAUGAGGAGAUGUCAGAUGGGGAGCAGUGUCUCUAUCCAGAGUAUUUAGAUGAGGAGAUGUCAGAUGGGGAGCAGUGUCUCUAUCCAGAGUAUUUAGAUGAGGAGAUGUCAGAUGGGGAGCAGUGUCUCUAUCCAGAGUAUUUAGAUGAGGAGAUGUCAGGUGGGGAGCAGUGUCUCUAUCCAGAGUAUUUAGAUGAGAUGUCAGAUGGGGAGCAGUGUCUCUAUCCUGAGUAUUUAGAUGAGGAGAUGUCAGAUGGGGAGCAGUGUCUCUAUCCAGAGUAUUUAGAUGAGGAGAUGUCAGAUGGGGAGCAGUGUCUCUAUCCAGAGUAUUUAGAUGAGGAGAUGUCAGAUGGGGAGCAGUGUCUCUAUCCAGAGUAUUUAGAUGAGGAGAUGUCAGAUGGGGAGCAGUGUCUCUAUCCUGAGUAUUUAGAUGAGGAGAUGUCAGAUGGGGAGCAGUGUCUCUAUCCAGAGUAUUUAGAUGAGAUGUCAGUGAGGGUCCCGAGUGGCCAGUGA